UUGACAGCCAACGUUUAUUGAACAAAACAAAAAAAAUCAUAUUCAAUUUAUUUUUAUAUCAUUUUAUAAACUACAAGUGUUUGAUAUAUAACGCCUCACAUUAUCGAUGUCUGAACCUUUGAGACCUAAGAUGUCGCUCUCCGAGGAAAUGUUCACGAGUUUCGCUUUACAAAACAAGAGCGUGAAGACUUCCAACAUCGACUCAGACCCGGGCACAUCGUACGAAGUGUUCAGAAACAAUACAACUGCAGUAGAAGUUAUCGUCAAAGAAGUGCCUAAAGCCAGGAAAAAAUCAGCGCAGUCAGAGUACCAAGACGGCUCCACAAUCAAAAGACUCCAAGAUGACGUGGACAGACUACGGAACGAGUUGAACAUAGCAAACAAAGCCCUGACGAGAUCUCGGAACGGUUUCUUGGCGAUGGUGCGUGAAAUGAAAAAGCAAUUAGACGCGGCAAACCAACGGGAGAUGGACACACAGACUAAGAACUUGGCUUUGCUACUGGACAACGAGAAAUUGAAGAGUUUACUAGCUUCGAAGACUAAUUUGGUAAAUAAAUUCAAAAAGGAAUUGAGCAGCAUGAAGCGGGUCAUGAGGUACGUGAUAAAGAGCAUAUGCUAUGCGCCCCACGUGUCGACGAAUGUGACGUGUAGCUCUGACCCUGAAUAUGAUGAUUUCGAAAACGAUCUAAAGAAAAAUGAGAAAGUAAAGUUCGCCUCUAACAUGUUCGACGAAAUGGGCACUUUCGAUAGCUCCAUCUCGAAGGACACCACCAAAUAUUCAUUUGAUAAGCGUCUAUUGUAAUAUUUUGAUUGCAGAUGUUUUACUGAACGUAACCUUGCAUAUCUACCCAUCAAUGCAUCAAAUCCUGAUAUCUAUGGACAAACUAAUGAGCUUAACCAAGCAGCAUUUCAAGCAAAGAAAUAAAAAAAAAAAACAAAAAAAAACAAGUGUAACUUAUUAAAUGGUUUUCAAUUACGGAAAUA